UGGGCUUUCUCACUGCCGCGGCUGUGCUGUGGACCCGGAAGCAGCGCUGAUGGUUUGUGUCAGCCGCUUGUUUGUGUGCUUGGCAGGAGGUGGUGCGAGCCCCGCUUGGCGGCGAGAAAGGAAGUCUGAGCGAGGCAGGAUCUAGUUGUGCUCCGGGGCUCCUUCGUGGAUCUGGGUCCGAAAUGCCAUUUUCUUCGUCACCGCCGUAGGGUUUAAAUCCGUCGGUCAAGACCGGAACCCCGAGGGAGCCACCCAGUUUCGGGGGAUGGGGAAUGGACGGGAGCGAGGCCGCGCGCGAGGUGCAUUGUCUUUGCCCCCUCCCGUCUUUCGGCUGAAGUUGUGACCCCCGAGUCCCCGCCGCUUUGUGCGUGAACUUGGUGACUGACUGGUGUGCGCGCACGGAGGGGAGGGGGACCAAGCGCAAUGCGCGGUGACGCCGGGCUGGCUUGGGCCCUCCGGAGCGGAGAAGGGGAAGGAGGCGGCCGGCUCAGGGCUUCGCCUCGGCGCCGAGCUCGCGCCGCCGCCGCCGCGCCUUCCCUGAAGCAGCCGGGCAGGUGAGGCGAUGAACCGCCAGCCGGCCCUCCAAGCGCCGCCGCCGCGCUCCCGCAGCCCGAGGCGAGGGAGCGGCCACCGCAUCAGCGGCUGAAAGGCCAGGCCUGCGCCAGCCUCUUGCACCGAGGGAGCGACGGCGGGGCCCGGCUGCAGCCCGGCGGCGUGGGGAAAGUUUUGCUUGUGGCCGAGCGGGCGGGGGCGGGCGCGGAGGGAUGAGGAGGGGGCCCGGCGCGGCGCCGGGGUCGCCGCCGCCGGCAAGCCGCGCAGAGGGUGGAGUGGUCGGGCGGCGCGGUGGGCGUUGAUCCCCCCCUCUCGCUCGCGGUCUCCGCCGCCUCCCACUCCCCCGCCCGUUUCUCUGCCGGCUGGCCGCGCUCCUCGCGUCCCUGCCCGGGCGGGCGCGGCCAUUGCGGCCCCCGGCUGGGCGGGCGGGAGGAUGAUCACCAACACGCGGGGUUUCCUUUGGUCGGACCUGGAGACGCGGGCGCUGUUGGAGAUCUGGGGGGAAGCGGACGUGCAGAGCGCGCUGGACGGCAACUUUCGGAACAGCCAUGUGUACCGGGAUGUGGCCUGCCGCCUGGCCGAGCUGGGCUUUGAGCGCACCCCGGAGCAGUGCCGCAUCCGCAUCAAGGGCCUCAAGCGCCAGUACUACCAGGCCCGCGAAGGGCUCAAGAAGAACGGGCACGCCCGCAAAAUCUGCAAGUACUACGACGAGAUGGACCGCAUUCUCAGCUGCAGGCAAGGCGGGCACGGCGUCGACGGGCACGGCGUCGCUGAACGGCCUCUGACCCCCGCGGCGGUGAUGGUGGUGGCGGCGGCCGGAGACGAAAGCCACCACCAGCCCGCCAUGGUGCUCGCCGCGCCCCCUUCCGCCAGACAGAGCGGCCUCCGCAACAGCCGCCAGGCGGACGCGGAGGAGCAGGACGAAGACGACGACGACAAGGAGGAGGACGAGGAUGGUGGCGAGCUGGAGUCUUCCCCGCGGGACAACUUCCACGAGGAUUCGGGCGAAUGCUCUUCUUACGCCGACCACGCUAUCAAAGUGGAGUGUCCCCCCUUCGCCAUCCCGCUGCCACCAGCCGAAAGUUUUAAACAAAUUAAUGCUCACACCAAUGCACCACCAUUAUUAUCUCAGGCUAAAAGAUCAAAAAAGCGACAUGCAAAUUUAACACUGGACAAAAUGAUGGAAAAAUUUUUGCAACAAAGUAUGGAUACGGAAGAGAAGUUUUAUAAAUAUGAAGAACAGCGACUUAAAAUUGAAGACAAACGGCGUGAAGCAGAGCAUGCCAGGGAGCUCCAGAUGUUGCAGAUGUUGGGACAGAUGUUAGCAGGAAUCUCUUCCACAGUAUCACAAAGGUCCCAGUUUGUACCAAGUAAUCCUUCACAAAGAUCAAAUCACCGAUCGUAUGGAGAUAAUUUUAAUUAUAAUUCUAUGACAGCAACAUUAUCUCCACCCAUAGUUAUAGAGAGAUCUUUUUCAGUUCACAAAACGCAUUCCAUAAAGGAAAUGGAAAAUAUAUUUCAAUUGGUGCGAAAUGUUAUUCCACCUUUAACUGCCAAAAAACAUAAAGGCCAAGAUGGACGAAUAGGAAUUGUUGGAGGAUGCCAAGAGUAUACAGGAGCACCAUAUUUUGCUGCAAUUUCUGCUCUUAAAGUGGGGGCAGACCUAUCACAUGUAUUUUGUACCAAAGACGCAGCAACUGUAAUAAAGUCUUACAGUCCAGAGCUUAUCGUUCAUCCAAUUCUUGAUAGCCCUGAUGCUGUGCGUGAGGUGGAAAGCUGGUUACCACGACUUCACUCAGUUGUCAUUGGACCAGGAUUGGGGAGAGAUGAUGUACUACUUGAACAUGCCAAGGGCAUUAUAGAAAAAUCCAAGCUCAAAGGAAUUCCUAUUGUAAUUGAUGCUGAUGGUUUAUGGCUCAUUGCACAACAGCCUUCUCUUAUUCAGGGUUAUCCUCGAGCUAUUCUUACUCCAAAUGCUAUGGAAUUUAGCAGGCUCUAUGAAGCUAUGCUUAGAGACCCUGUAGAUAACAAUGAUUAUCACGGAUGUCUUUUAAGGCUCAGCCAGGCCUUGGGGAAUUUGACAAUUGUUCAGAAAGGCGAACGAGACCUAAUUUCAGAUGGAGAAAAAGUGCUUGUUUGUAGCCAUGAAGGAAGCAGCAGGCGGUGUGGUGGACAAGGAGAUAUUCUCUCUGGGUCCCUUGGAGUCCUGGCACAUUGGGCCUUCCUUGCGGGACCAGAGAAAACAAAUGGUCAAAAUCCCUUUCUAGUGGCUGCAUUUGGAGCAUGUUCGCUUACAAGGCAGUGCAACAACCAAGCCUUUCAGAAAUUUGGACGGUCUAUGACAGCCUCCGACAUGGUUUUAGAAAUUGGAACAGCCUUUAAUAAACUCUUUGAAACCUAAGACCAAAGCGGCAGAAGAGGAAGAACAACCACCCUGGCAGCCAUGAAAAUUACAGUAGGAUACCCUUGUAUAAUGCACCCUUUUUCAAGUGCUGUUAGCAGUCAUGGUAUACUAGGUACUUUUUAUUUUUUAAAAUAAAAAGCGUAGGUAUUUUUAAAGGGUUUGGAAUAGGUUUUUUUUUCCCCUUUUCUUUUUUUUGGCUGAGUAAGCUGUAGUUGCAGAUGUUAUAAUAUAAUAAAAUGAAAAUGAAAGUA